CCGCCCCCGGCGGUCCCCUCCCCCGGGCCGCUCCCCUCUGCUGCGCCCGCCGCAGUCACAGCCGCCUGCGGGAAGCUGGUAGCCGGGAACCCGAGUCCGAGUGCGGGCUGGGCUGGGCUGGGCUCGCUCGCGGGCUCACCCGCCGCCCCUGCAGAAGACUCAUCUUGGCAAGCUGUGGACUGAUUCUAGUGAUGCUGUCAUUGCUGAGCAUAAUUUUGGAGCUCCUGUCUUGGAGUUACCUUCAGAGUUUGUAACACAUUUACUGAAUCGCCUCCAUGAUGGCAAACCUUCCUCAGUUGGGAAACAGCCAAAUACCAAGUGGGAUCAACUCUGGUUUCUGAGGCCAUUUAUGAUGCUCAGUGCCAGGAAUUGCUGAAAUUCAUGAUGGGGCUUUGGUAGUCCUGGCUGUGAAGGAACCUGAACACUAACCCUGUGGAGUGAGACCUGGAUGGACUUCGCAGUGGUCUGGGAACCAAAAGAUACCUUGUUCAUGCAUGCACUCAUUCAUUCAUUCAUCAAAUAUUACAGACUCAUUCAUUCACUCAUUCAUCAAAUAUUAUGGAGGAUACAGUUUGCAGGUCCCUCCGGCAGCCAUGACGACCGCCAUCUUGGAGCGCCUGAGCACGCUGUCGGUGAGCGGGCAGCAGCUGCGCCGCCUGCCCAAGCUCCUGGAGGACGGCCUUCCCAAGAUGCCCUGCACCGUCCCCGAGACCGACGUGCCGCAGCUCUUCCGGGAGCCCUACAUCCACGCGGGCUACCGCCCCACGGGCCACGAGUGGCGCUACUACUUCCUCAGCCUCUUUCAGAAGCACAACGAGGUGGUCAAUGUGUGGACCCACUUGCUGGCCGCCCUGGCCGUGCUCCUGCGAUUCUGGGCCUUCGCCGAGGCCGAGGCCUUGCCGUGGGCCUCCGCGCGCUCGCUGCCGCUGCUCCUGUUCAUCUUGUCGUCCGUCACUUACCUCACGUGCAGCCUUCUGGCCCACCUGCUGCAGUCCAAGUCGGAGCUGUCGCACUACACCUUCUACUUCGUGGACUACGUGGGCGUGAGCGUCUACCAGUACGGCAGCGCCUUGGCCCACUUCUUCUACAGCGCCGACCAGGCCUGGUACGAGCUCUUCUGGCUCUUCUUCCUGCCGGCGGCUGCCUUCUGCGGCUGGUUGUCUUGCGCGGGCUGUUGCUAUGCCAAGUACCGUUACCGCAGGCCUUACCCGGUCAUGAGGAAGAUCUGUCAAGUGGUGCCGGCAGGGCUGGCCUUCGUCCUAGACAUCAGCCCCGUGGCACACCGCGUGGCCCUGUGCCACCUGGCUGGCUGCCAAGAGCAGGCAGCCUGGUACCACACCCUCCAGAUCCUCUUCUUCCUGGUCAGCGCCUACUUCUUCUCCUGCCCGGUUCCCGAGAAGUACUUCCCGGGUUCCUGUGACAUUGUGGGCCAUGGGCAUCAGAUCUUCCACGCCUUUCUGUCUGUCUGUACGCUCUCCCAGCUGGAGGCCAUCCUUCUGGACUACCAGGGGCGGCAGGAGAUCUUUCUGCAGCGCCAUGGCCCCCUGUCUGUCUACAUGGCCUGUCUUUCUUUCUUCUUCUUGGCGGCCUGCAGCGCUGCCACCGCAGCCCUCCUGAGACACAAAGUCAAGGCCAGACUGACAAAGAAAGAUUCCUGAGGCUGGCAGGUGGGGUGAGGUGUGGAGGCAGCCUGUCAUGAUUUGGGGAAAACUCAGUACAACAAUAGGAGUUGACUUUUUGUUUUUAAGAGUUGCUUUUAAAUUAACACAGAUUUUCAAGGAUAUGCUAUCACAUUGGAAAGCCAAAGGAUUCAAGAGUUUUGUUGUUAAUAGUUGUUGCUAAUAAAAAGAGUAUUACUUUUCCCUGUCUCAUAGCCUUACAAGAUACAGGAAAGGAAGGGACGUUGGCUAGGAUUCAUGGGACACUGAAUUAAGGACUAUCUUUCUGCCUGAAUUUAGUGGAAUUCUGACUUUGGCCUCCAGGGGCAAGUCCUGGAGCUAAAGGGAUAAUAAAUUUGGAUUGGAAAGUGAGUACAUGGCUGCUCCACACCAUUUUGGAAUGGCCAUCCUACUAUAUCAGUCUUUGAUAAUUGAGUAAACUGAUCCAAGAACUUGAUUUCAUUUGGAUUUCAGAUUGUCCAGGGUGAGAAGUCAGAAUCUUCAAGAUGAUUCAGUGAAACUCUUAGAUAUAAUGAAUUACGUGCUUCAUCUGAUUUCUGGUCCCUCCUCUCUUGCCCACUCUGACAGUGACCCUUUUCUCAGGAUGACGUGUGCCCGGCUAUUUUCUCUACAGUGUACUCCCAUCUGUACCUUGCAUAGUAAUAUAGAGGACUAUGAAGCAGUCGUAUUUCCAGGAACUGCUUGGAUCCAUGUGGACAUUCAGGAAGUUUACUUUCAUAUACUACUAAAGGGUACUAGAAAGUACAGUGCCAAGAGCCAUCAGGAGGCCCAGCCAACAAACAUGGAUAAUGUUUUGUGUCAUGUGACCCUUCUGUUUUAUACCUGCGGACCGCAGUUCUUGAGAUUAUCAGGGCUGCCUUAUAGGCCAGAAAAUCGGGGGCUUGUGCUAGGGAACCUUCUCCAGAUUUGGACCAGCAUGUUUCAAAAGCAAAAACAAAACAAACCCUAAUAGAGUGAAUUGGUUCUGGUUCUUCUACGGAUCUGAUUAUUUCAAGAGGAACCCAAGGUCCAGCCUCUUAACUAGAUACUACCAUGCAAAGGACCCACAUAACUACCAUAGUUCAGGGUCCUCAGGCAGGAGGUUAUGCCUCGAUUUAGAGCUGAAUCCUUAAAAUAAUCAAGCCCCAGGACAGAUAAGCAUGUGUGAUCCCUGUGGGUUGGUCCCUGAAGGCUCCUUUGGGUAAUAAUGGUGAACCAGGUACCCUGUAGCUAGAAUUUUCUGUUGCCCAAUAGCUUCUCGGUAUAAGCGGUACUGUGAUUGAUGUGUUCUGGCCGCACAGCCCUCUCUGAGGACUGAGUUAUGUAUUAACCCAGUGAAGGGGUCUGUGUUGUUGGAGGAGCCAUGGGAGUCUUCUCAGAGGCUAUGUUUCCUAUCAGUAUAAGGUCCCUUUUACUAUAAAGGGAAGUACUUUGUUUUCACUCCAGUUUGAUGAAUCUCUUCUAUUAAUAGGUUAUUUUGUCUUUAGGUCUUUGUUUUCUUCCUUUCUCUGAGCGAUUUGUGGAUUUUGUGCCUUAUAAAUGGAAACAUAUGAACACUUUACUUAAUAUAUGGCCAUGUGGAAUUUUCAGUUUUGGGUUAUUGGGAUAAGGAAAAAAGAAUGCAUUGCAUUUGAACCAGUGGGUGAAAGAAACGUCAGAAAACCAAAAUUACUUGUCAAUCAAAAGACACUGUCAACCAAAAAAAAAAACAAAACCAACCAAACAAAAACAAAAAAACAACUGAAGCUUUCCUAUAAUCAUCAUAUCAAGAAAACAUAUGUCUUGUCUGCCACAUGGAUUUCCUAGAUGGAUUUCUCUGUUAAUCCUUAAAUUCCUGAACUUCUGUGCUACCCAAGUGUCUUACGUAAGUUUCUGAUGUCUAGGCCAAAUUCAUCACAAAGUUGGCAAAACUGAAGCCAAUUGAACUAAGCAAGGGAAUGGGGGAGUUGUACAAACACAUCGCAAGAAGCGGGUCAGUUUAAAAUGGGGACUAGAAAACUUUAAAAUGUUCAUUUUUAUGGAUUCAAAGACUAUAUUCUUUUAAAAGUUGCGAGGCAGGUGUAAGUCAGGCUCUUAAAUAUGGCGGUAGUCCUGGUGGACAGAGAUCUUCAGGGCAAAUGCAAGUAUUUUUUAGAAAAUAGGAAAUAGGGCAGUCAAAGCGAUCUUCAAAUGCUGUCAACACACCAAGGCCAGCUGACACAAUAUAAAUGGUCUGUGACAAGUUCAGAUAGACUAAACUCUUUAAGAUAUUGCCAUGAAAUUAUUACUUUAAUUUACACAUGUAUUGGUCCCUCAAGUGAUAGGAAAUUUUUUAAAAAUAAAGUUUUUCACCAGAGAUAUUUGAGAACACUGGGGACUAGGUAUCUCAUUAAAAUACCAGUAUCUUAAAAAACAAACAAAUAAGAUAAUCAGUGUCUUAUUGGAAAUAUAUAAACAUAUUAAAUGCAAAUGUUUUAGAACAUAUUCAUUAAAAUGAGUGUAUCAGCAAGGAACAGGCCUAGUUUAUUUAAAAGAAAUAAUAAGGUAUUUGGUAAAGGAGAUGAUUGUUUCCUCCACCAUAGCCUCCCCAACAGUUGACAUCUGGAAAUUCUGCCAGUUAUCUCUCUCUAUAAAAUGUAAAUGCCUCUGGGAAACCUAAACUAUCAGUCAUUUACGUCUUGUGAAUAAAAAUUCUGAUGGAUUUGUAUGAGGCCCUACUCAGGGUAAGGAGAUGGGGCAUCAGGACGCAGCUGACUGGGGACACAUUUGCCUAUUUCCCUCUUGCCCAGUACUUCCUGACUUAACAUUUACUAAUGAGCUAACGUCAGUACUCCUCAGAUGUUAAAGUUUCAUUUCCCACCUCUGCUAAAAGCACUUCACUGUAUAACAAUAUUCCCAGUACUCUAUUGGAAGCUUGAAACAGUAGGAGCUCAGGUUGUGGAAUGAAGGUAGCCCAUUCCUGACUCCUAUCCACAAACGGUACCUUUAUACUUCACAGGUUCUUCGGAAGCUGCACUGUAGUUUCAAGUGGACCCUCCAGAUGGCGCUCAUGUCUUACUCAGCGUGGCUAUUACAUCUAAGUCUUUGGGCUAUUAAUCGUAUUGGUCCUAGUGUUUUGCUUGAUUGCUUGGCAAAGAAAAAAAUGGAACUAUUUUCUGUUUAUAUAAAUCUACUUACACGAAUGACCAUUAAACAGAUUUUGUAUAUACGGA